AGAUUUAAUUUCAUUUGUUCAAUCAAUGCUUGCUUUGUUUCUACUCUGCUGGCUGAGAUUCAACAGGCAAAUAGUUGUUUUCUAAAUUUCUAGAGUCUUGUCCUAGAGAAAUAGUCACAAUCUCUUAUUAAGUUAUAUUUAGGUAAACACCAUGGCCGAUGAGGAAUACGAGGCAGAAGAUGCGGGUGCAGACUACGACGAUAUUGCAGAGGAGGAUGAUAAUAUUGAAGAAACGGAAGAGCAGGAAGAAGACGGGUACAACACCCAGUUUUUAGCACCAGGGCAAGGCGGUGGUGGAGUAGAGAAACACAAAAGAAUCACUACUCGUUAUAUGACUAAAUAUGAGCGCGCCAGAGUUUUAGGUACAAGAGCAUUGCAAAUUGCUAUGUGUGCUCCUGUAAUGGUGGAGUUAGAAGGAGAGACAGAUCCUCUUCAGAUAGCCAUGAAAGAAUUGAAGCAACGCAAGAUCCCAAUCAUUAUCCGGAGGUACCUACCUGACCACUCAUAUGAAGACUGGAGCAUUGAUGAACUCAUUAUAAUAGACCAUUAGUUUUUAAGGUUAAAUUUAUAUCAAAUUACAUGUGUCUGUUUGUACAAACAGCAACAUAUUAUUAUAACUUUUUUGGACUUGGAACUAUAGACAUAUUAAAUCGCCGACAAUGUUCUAUGCUGUCAUAAAGCUGUCAAAUAAAUCUCAGAAUUGAGAUGAAAGCAUGAUGUGAUAGUGUCAAAGCCAAAACUAGUGAUGUCACAUACACCAGGACUUAACACUUUUAAAGUCUUUCUAUUUUUACUUUUAGACUAAUAAAUUAUUUAAUUGGUAAUUUGAGUAAUUAGAUAUUUUGCUGUUUAUACAAUAAGCAUUUGGGGUCACCUACCAAGUAUUAAUGAUUUGAGUUUAAACAUUUCAAACAUUAAUGAAAAGGUUUCUAGAUGUAUUUCCACAUUAAGACAAUAAAAAUAUUUUAUCUAAAAA